GUCACCGUUUGUCACAAAACGAUACUCCACACAAGAAUUUAACUGAUGUAAUAUGUUACGUACAAAGUAAAUUGAAUAUUGUACCAAUUCUAUUCGAUUAAAGCCACUUUAUUCGACAAGUAAUAUAUCAUUGCAUUCCAGCAACCAAUAUCAGUUGCAACUGAAGUGCAUCGCGAUAAUUCAUAUUAUUUAUGUCCUCUUACAUAGGACAUUUUGCACGACACAAAUACGAAUCGAAUCUGUCAUUGCCAAAGAAAAUAUAGAGAAAAAGAAAUUCGUUCAUCGGUUGUUGGUUUCUCUCGUUUUAUUUUUUGCAAAAACUAAAAAUGGCACGUUCAGGUAGUCCGGGAUUCGGUAACGGUUACGAGGAAGAUCCAAUUUUCCAAAAAAGUCACUACACCCAAGAUAUAAGCGAACAAAUGCGUGUACCGAAACGAAUUCGCGCAACUGGAGAAUAUUACGAUGAUUUGGAUCAUUUUCCCUACAGCAAUGGUGGUUCGAACCAUUACAAUUAUCAAGACAAAAUCGACAUGACCGUUCCGGACAGGAUAGUCGUCAUGGGACAGGAUCAACAUUUAGGCACCCGAUCAGCGCCCCGCGAAAUUGUGCUAGACAAUUCCAUUCUACCUCCCGAUCCAUCGCAUGUGCGUGUUUCAACACCACCACGAGUAAUUACAUUGUCGGAACAUCAUUUUCCCUCAGCUUCAGAUGAGCCACAGUACAGUCCAGUAGAUGAAAUGAAACGCGAUCAUGAGGUACAAUCUCCAUCAUCCGACGAUCAUAGACUGAGACUUGCUAAGCCGAGAUUCAACAACGACUUUUUGAAUCAAAGCCGAGAAGCAACACCCCCACUUGGUCCCAGUGGCGAACAGCUGUCGCCAUCCGAAGAAGUGAUGCACCUUCGACGACAAGUCGCCAAAUUGAACAGACGUGUACUGGCCGUUGAAGUGGAUAACAUUCAGCGACAGCAAAGGGAGAAAAUAGUUUACUGCAUAGGAUUGGCAUACUUUCUGAUGAAAGCCAUCGUUUGGCUGAAUAGAAACUGAAAUAUUCGUGUGUCUGAUUUUUAACUUAUGUAACCGCAUUAGUCUUCUAUCCGUAUGGCAGAAUGGUUAUUUAAAGUGGAAUAUUAUUAAAGGAAACACAACAUUUAGAAGCAAUUCAAAA